AUGCCUGGGAACGAAUUUGGAGAGAGGAUCCACAAUUUCUUUGGACAGGAGGGCCUAUCCCAAGACCAGCAACAGUCUCAGGUUGUCGACGGGAGCUGGUCCAGUUUUAGUAAUUUAGCUGGAAACCAGAGGCAGAUAGACCCUUCACUUAUUGCCAAUCUGAAGAGUUAUAGUCCACAACAAUCUGGUGAUCCUGAGAGAGGGCAAUCUUCAGCUUCACAGCAUGGUUUGAAUUUUACUCAGCAGCCUUUAAGGUCCGAGUACUCGAACCCUACAAAUGGUUACAUGCAUGGGAACCUUGGGUUGCAGGCCAUGCCGAAUGAGGCAAAUUUUUUGGGAGUGGAUGCAAAUUCAAGUAGGGAUAAGUUAUCAGCGAGAGGUUUCACUUCUCCGGUUAAUUAUGAUUUCUUUGGUGGUCAACAACAAUUGAACAGCCAGCUCCCUGGCAUGGUCCAGCCUUUUCCAAGGCAGCAGAUGACGUUCAAUGAUAUGCAACUACUAAAGCAGCAAGUUAUGGUUAAGCAAAUGCAGGACUAUCAAAUGCAGCAACAACUGCAAAAGCAACAGCUACAAACCAGGCAGCUCAAUUCUUUGAAUUCAAAUGCAGUUAAUGGAAGUCGCUCCAGUGAUAACCAAUCACAUCCUUUGAUUAAUGGCAUUCCUCUUCAGGAUGCGUCUACUUGGCAACCUGAUCUUAUGACAGGAAAUACAAACUGGAUGCACCGUGGCAUGUCGCCAGUUGCUCAAGGUUCAUCCAGUGGGCUCAUGAUUACCCCUGAGCAUGGGCAGGCGAACUUAUUGGCACAACAGUUUGAACCUUCCUUGUUCGGUAUGCCUGUUGGUGGAUCAAAUGCACCUCAAAAUUCCUUUUCAUCCGUUCAUAUGAACAGGUCAUCUUCGCAGCAGGGUCCUGCAAAUAGGAGUUCCUCGCUCACCAGUCAACAUGCAUCAUUUCUGAAUCAAGGUGGUGCACAAGAUGGUCAUAUGCUCCCUAGAUCCACAGAUCAGGAGAAACUGUUGUUCUCUCACACAUCAGUUCCUGGUUCAAAUAAUAGGCCAAAUUUUGAUAGUUUCCAGCAAGAUGAUUCACGUGAGAGGAACAUUUCAGUGCAGGAGAAAUUCGGUGGGAUGGAGGGUUCUGGUCCAUCAGAAAAAUCAUAUAUGAAAGUACCUGAAAAUGCAACUGCAUUGCAGAAUUCGACAACAUUAGAUCCAACAGAAGAAAAGAUUUUGUUUGGUUCGGACGAUUUGUGGGAGGCAUUUGGAAACAACACUGAUCUGAGCUUGACAGGAAAUCUUAUGUCCAGCAAUUCUGACCUUUAUGAUGCAUGCCCUUCUUUGCAAAGUGGGAGCUGGAGUGCUCUUAUGCAAUCUGCUGUAGCAGAAACCUCCAGUGAUGAUGCAGGCAUACAUGAAUGGGGUAGUAAACAGCAGUCUGUAUGGACUAACAACAAUAUGACCCAGGAUUCGGGUGUCAAGGCUUCAAGUACACGAAGUGAGAGAGUCCACAGUGAUUCCACUGAGACAGCUGUUCAACAUUUGCAUAACAGAAGAAAUAAAGUUUCAGAUCAUGGCGUGUUGGAGAAACCAAUGGCUCAACGCAGUCAAAUGGCUGGAAAUAAUUUUCAUUCUUCAAGUUCCGGGAUUGAUGGGCAGAAUAAUUCGUUUUCGGUUGGAAAGAAUGACGGCAUUGAAGAUAGACUUGGUAUCUGGAAGGCUGCUUCUAAUACAAAUUUAGCUGCUGAGAAGGAACAGAAUAAUCAUUUGACACAAAAUCUUCCAAUGCAAAAUGCAAACUAUGGAUUUGGCAUUGCUGGUCCAGGAAAUUUAUCUAACGUUCCCAGGGAUGGCCGUCAACUGAAGUCUAGAGAUGGCAGUCAAAUUCUUGAGUCUUAUGCCAGUAAUAAUGCUGGAACAAAUCAAAUGGUAAAUGCUCGUGGUUUGUCUAUGCUGACUGGUGGGAAAGAAACACAAUCUGAUCAUGUUGGUGUUAGGCCUUCUAUACCUCGCAAGUUUCAGUAUCAUCCCAUGGGUAAUAUUGAUGUCACUGAUGAACCUUGUCGAGAAAAAGUUUCUCAUUUUGGGCAGUCAAAGUCUAUUGGUCAGCCAGCUAUGAACAUGCGAAUGGACAAGGGACAUAUUUCACAAAACGACUUGAAUUGCACAAACGAGGCUUUUAAAGGCAUGGGUUCGGAAAAUUCACCAAGUACAUCUGCUUCAGCUGACAGAAGUGUUGAUAUGCUUAAUCAAUUGAAGAGUGAUUCUUCAAGGCUUGAGCUUCUUCACAAGGUGGACCAGUCGCAGGGGCAUUCUGAAGCAACGCCCUCUGCAGAAUAUGGUGAUCAAUUUCGGCACAGUCAGCCAUCUGCUUCUCAGGGGUUUAGUCUACAGCUGGCUCCUCCAUCUCAACUAGCUCCCUCACCUGAUAACGUGCAGUUUUCUCGGAAUUCUUUUCAGCCUAUGAAUUCGCCUCAUAAUGCCCCUGAAAAAGGAGCAACAAGUCAAUCAAGGCUUGCUCCGUGGGCAUCUAAUCAAUCUCUUCCUCAGCAACCCACUUAUCAAGGACCAUUUCCUGGUAUCCCAGGAGAAUCCAACAUGACCUCUGGUUUCCCUUAUUCAAGAGGAUAUCACCAAAAUCAACUGAUGCCUGUUGCUACCCGACAAUCAGCUGCUAACCAAUUAGUCAGUUCAUUUUCUGAGUUGUCUGCCCCUCAAGUGAAAGAAAGAGAUGAACGUAGUGACAUUGAUCAGCGUGGACAUUCAGCACAAACACCUUCCCUGGUAACUCCGACAACCCACAACAUCAAAGGAGAUUCAGCUGAAGGAUUUCCUAUGCUGUCUGCUUCUCAGCCUCUGGUUGCAUCCAGCUCGCCUCAGCCAAGUUCCUCUUCUGGUAUGAUGUCUGACUUACCAGCCGGUAAUUCAGCACCGCAACAUCGGUUUUGGAACCAGCCAUCUAAGCCUCAGACAGAUACUUUACGGCCGCAUCCAUUGCCCAGCAACCAUGUAGAAGGGAGCUUCGCAACGCAGGAGAAGACAAAUGAAAUAUCCUCCCAAAAUGGAGGAGACGUGUCAUUAAGUGGGAAGGACAUGGUGGAUAUGCAUGGGUUACAGAGUGAAGAUAUGGGUGCAAAACCAACAUCUGAUGUUGCUUCGAAUCUCUCCACAGUGGUGCAGAGAAAUCUUCAAACCUUUGGUCACUCUCUUCCUUCGAAUAACCUUCCCAAGAAUAACUUACGUCAUGAUGAACAUAUGGGUGUGAAGAGAUUUGAGGAUAAUGCUGUUGAUCAUCAAAAGGUAGCUCCAGUAGGGGAGCAACCAUCACCUUCAAUGUCUGAUGGUUUAGUCAGGGAUGGAUUGAAACACAAGGAAUUAUCGAACCACAUGCUUCAUUUUGGCCAAACUGUUUCUCAGAAUCUUUCCAAUAAGAAUCAUUCACCCUCUGCUGGAUCAGAUCAUCAACAAAUCAGUCCCCAAAUGGCUCCAUCGUGGUAUAGUCAAUAUGGGACUUUCAAGAAUGGACUGGUGCAAUCUGUGAAUGAUACAGGGAGAUUCACCCCCUUGAAGAUAGGAGGACAAUCUUCGAAUCUUGGGAGUUCGGUGGAUGGUACACAUUCUUUUCAAUUAUCGAAGCAGUUUAAUAUGCAACAAAUGCCAAGCUCAGCACCAGGACCGGAGAUUCACUCGUCUGAGUCAUUGCCUCAUGGUGCAACUGACAAACUUUUGAAGGUUGAUAAACCAAAGAAGCGCAAAACCGCCACAUCAGGACUUCUAUCUUGGAAAAAAGAAGUUACGCAGGGUCCCCAGAAGCUUAAAACUCUUGGUGAGGCCGAGGUUGAUUGGUCUAGAGCGACUAACCGAUUUGCCGAAAAAGUGGAAUUUGAGACACAUCUUGAGGAUAACCCACGAGUCAGAUCAAAGAGAAGGCUUGUAUAUACGACACAACUCAUGCAACAACUAUUUCGGCCCGCUCCUGCUAGGGUGAUGUCUUCGGUUGCUAGCUCAGAUUAUGAGUUUGUUGCAUAUACUGCUGCAAGGGCUGCACUAGGAGUUGCAUGUAGCUGCACUUGUACCGAAAGGAGUGACAGCUUUUUGCCGCCGAACGAAUCAAACCCGUUGUCUGAGAGAACGAAAACUGAAAGAAUCAGUGACCAGUACAUCUCCAGAGCUGCGGAAGAUUUCGUUAGUAGAACACGGAAACUAGAGACUGACUUUGCAGGACUAGAAAAUGGAACUACAAUUGCAGACUUGAGAGUGGAAGUCGAGGAUCUAGAGAAGUUUGCAGUGAUCAACCGUUUUGCAAGGUUCCACCCAUCAUCGUCGUCAUCAUCUAUGGACCGGACCGUAAGUUCACUUAGGUUAAACUCACAAAGAUAUGUUACAAUAGCUCCAAUGCCUCGGAAUAUUCCAGACAGGGUACAGUGUCUCUCCCUCUAA